CAGACUCUCAGUGUGAACUGAUAAGAGACAGAUAGAGAGAUAGACAGAGAGACCGAGAUAGAGAGCUAACUGUCUUCACUCAUCAUUCACAGACAAGCAGCAUUUCAAGGCUAAUAGAGCAUCAACCCCUCAACCCUCUACAGCUCCCUUCACACACUGACUGAUGGACACAAACCUGUCGUUGCCCCUUUAAGACAGCACACAACCCCUUUAAAGAUGGGCCUGCCCUAUCUCUGCCUAUUGGUCUUCCUAUUCGCUCACUCCACAGCCAACCAGAACCCUUCCAAAGCGGCCAAUCCAAAUCCUGCCCUGACAAAACAAAAUGCCCCUCCCACCUCUUCAGACAAAAAGCAGCAAGCCCCUCCCCCAUCCAACUCCAGUGGCAGGGCGGCCCGGGAGAGCCCCGCCCCACUGACCCUGACCCUACAACUGAUUGGAGAGUGCGGAGGGAAGGUGGAGGAGGAGGGAGGAGCCUCUGUGACUCACUCCCUGGAUCCAGCCUCGCCCCUGGUCCUCACUCACAGGAUCAGGCUGGCCCCCUCAUGCCACUGCAACCCACCCGACACCGCCGCCCUGACCCAGCGAAUCACAGCCCUGGAGAGCCAGAUCUCAGAGCUGAGGGAGCGCUGUGGGGGAGGGGCUGCCGGGAGCUGCUGUGCGCAGCAGGACCUGGCUGCUACAGGCUCUCGCGGUGUCCAGUCUGUCUGCUCCGGUCACGGUACCUUUGAGUCGGGAUCUUGUCGCUGUGAGUGUGAGCCUGGCUGGAGCGGCCCCCUCUGUGCUGACCGGCACUGCCCUGCAGACUGCAGUGACCAGGGGCGCUGCGUGGAUGGGCGGUGCAUCUGCUUCCCAGGGUACACCGGGGCAGACUGCGGGCAGGCCGGCUGUCCCAGGAAUUGCACAGGCAGGGGGCGCUGCGUGGAGGACAAGUGCAUCUGCAAUACCGGCUUCACUGGAGAGGACUGCAGCAGCAAAACUUGUCCUGGAAACUGCCAGAACAGAGGGAGGUGUGUGAACGGGAAGUGCCUGUGCAGUGAGGGCUUCACUGGAGGGGACUGCAGCAGCAAAACUUGUCCUGGAAACUGCCAGAACAGAGGGAGGUGUGUGAACGGGAAGUGUGUGUGCAAUGAGGGCUUCACUGGAGAGGACUGCAGCAGCAAAACCUGUCCUGGAAACUGCCAGAACAGAGGGAGGUGUGUGAACGGGAUGUGCCUGUGCAAUGAGGGCUUCACUGGAGAGGACUGCAGCAGCAAAACCUGUCCUGGAAACUGCCAGAACAGAGGGAGGUGUGUGAACGGGAAGUGUGUGUGCAAUGAGGGCUUCACUGGAGAGGACUGCAGCAGCAAAACCUGUCCUGGAAACUGCCAGAACAGAGGGAGGUGUGUGAACGGGAAGUGCCUGUGCAAUGAGGGCUUCACUGGAGAGGACUGCAGCAGCAAAACCUGUCCUGGAAACUGCCAGAACAGAGGGAGGUGUGUGAACGGGAAGUGCCUGUGCAAUGAGGGCUUCACUGGAGAGGACUGCAGCAGCAAAACCUGUCCUGGAAACUGCCAGAACAGAGGGAGGUGUGUGAACGGGAAGUGCCUGUGCAAUGAGGGCUUCACUGGAGAGGACUGCAGCAGCAAAACCUGUCCUGGAAACUGCCAGAACAGAGGAAGGUGUGUGAAUGGGCAGUGUGUGUGCAAUGAGGGCUUCACUGGAGAGGACUGCAGCAGCAAAACCUGUCCUGGAAACUGCCAGAACAGAGGGAGGUGUGUGAAUGGGAUGUGCGUUUGCGAGGAAGGCUUUACAGGUGAAGACUGCUCCGUGCUGGCCUGCCCUGAGAACUGCAGCAGCAGGGGGCGCUGUGUGAAGGGCCGUUGCGUGUGCCGGCGUGGCUUUACUGGUCCGGACUGCGGGGAAACAGCCUGUCCUGUGAACUGCAAUGACAGGGGGCGCUGCGUGAAGGGGGCGUGCCUCUGUGACCCCGGGUUCACCGGUGAAGCGUGUGACACGCGCGUGUGCCCCCGAGACUGCAGCCAGAGAGGAAGGUGUGAGAACGGGGCCUGCGUGUGCCAACAGGGCUUCACAGGAAAAGACUGCUCCCUGGAGCUCCCCUCUGUCUCUGGGCUCCGCACUCUCAAUGUCUCGGACUCCUCGGUUUUGGUUCAGUGGAAUCGACCGGAUGUCCAGAUCGAUGGAUAUGAGAUCAGCUUCCAGACCACGAAGGAGGAUGAUGAGAAGCUGACCUCACGGCUGGUGGGCGGGGUCUCCAGCUAUACUCAGACAGGACUGGCUCCCGGGCAGGAGUACCGAGUGACUCUGAGAUCCGAGCGCAACCAGGAGCUGGGACCAGAGGCCUCUAUUGACUUCACAACAUUGAUCGGAGGCCCCAAGAACCUGCGUGUCAUCAAGGCGACGGGGGGCGAGGUGGUGGUCCAAUGGGAUCGCUCAGUUUCCAGUGUGGAUCGAUACCACCUCUCCUUCAUCCCGAGCGAGGGGGAGGGGCGUGGAGGAGACAUGGACCUGCCCCCCCAGAGAGACUCCGCCCACCUCACCGGCCUGGUCCCGGGGCGACAGUACAACAUCACACUGGUGGCUGAGAAGGGGCGGAGUCGCAGCGUGCCUGCCAGGACACAGGCCACGGCCGCAGGGUCGAUAACUGAUGACCGAUUGACCGAUCCGGCUAUGGACAUGGUUACCAAGGAAACCCAAGGACCCCUCAAAAGAAAGCUGGUGAUCCCCAAAGCCAACAGAACCUCAACUACGCCCCCCAGUGGAAAGAAGGUCCUCCAACAAAGACCCCCAACGAAAGCGGUCAAGAAAUGGGUCCUACCCGGGAUCAAAGCUCAGGGGCCAGGGACGGUCAUUGCUUCCUCUCCCAGGGGAGAGUUGAAUGGCACCAGCAGCAAAGAUUUGGGGAAAUUCCCGACAGAUAGUUCUACUUUGGAGAAUGCUGAGACUGAAUCUGGAAAAAUACCUGGAAAAAUCUCACAGGUGAAUCUAAAUGGUUCUUUACCGGCUGUAACCAAAAUCAAGGAAGAGCCAUCCACUCAGUACAAGAGCAAAGAAACACCAUCUGAUAAGGAAACACCAGGACCCACACUGCCUUCAUCGAAAGAAACUUCAAAAACCAAGAAGGUUCCAUAUGCAGAUCUUCCAACCAAAGCAACCAAAGUCCUGCACAACAUCUCCUCCCCCAAAGUCUCUCCAAACCUGGAUGGACUGCUUGAGGGAGCACCUACUAGUUUGCCCUCCAUUGAACCUGAAAAUCUUGGAAUGGUCCCCUCUAUAUCGCCUGGCGAGGUGCAGCCCCCCAUCCCGCACCCUGGACCACAACAUACAGUCUUACCCACUGCAAACUCAAACGCAAUGGAGCCGAGAGCUUCUGUCAAUGGAUCUAAGAACAGACCUUCACCUACCACUCACCAGAGAGCUAACGACGCCAAGACAAUCAAAGUGAAGCUUAAUGAAGACGAGUCGGGGGUCAGACCUGUGGGUCCGGCGGUGAGAGGGAAGUUAAAGCCAGCUUUCCCGGGCAGGAACGGGACCAGAUUGAAAAUCGACAGGAGCUCCCUGCCGAAAAAGAUUCUUGGAGUUCCCAAACCUGUUCUAAAGAAGCCAUCUCCAGUUGCAUCUAGAACCAAGCCAGACAAAGUCCUGCCACCUCUAGAGAAUUCUCCAACUGCCAAAGGUAUACCUACAGCUUCAACCCAAGUUGUUAAGAAACAGUCUCCAGAUUCAACCCAACCCAAACCUGAGAAAGUCUUGACGCUUCUAGAUCAAUCUCAAUCCACCACAAUUAUUCCUACAACUCUGAAGGUGAAGACCAAGGAAGGGUUUGUUUCUCUGACCACCAAAACAGACAAACCUCACUCUACCGAAAUUGUUCAUCCAACUUUAAAUCCCAUUAAGCAGCAAUCUCCAGAAGCAUCUGCGGUCCAGCCUACCUCCAAAUCUAGACCCACUAUCCAUGGGAUCUUCAUACAUGUGGGACCAUCGAUAGGAGACAACCAGACCAAGGAGAAUAUGGCCCAGGAUGUCACCAGAUUCAUCAACAGGGCACCAAAGAGGAAUCUACCCUCUGCCUUACCCAAAGAUGCCAGCACUGACACUAUCAUAAGAGGGCACCAAACACACCAGGGAACUAGGGUGGUGGAUUUGUGGUCACGCAAACCCAAAAUCGGGGCACCUGCUCCCCAAAAUGGACGGCAAACCAUCACAGAGCCGAAAGGGGAGCCUUUACAGGGCCCCCCAGGGGAUGACAGGGGGCCACAAGACGUCAGGGUCAGGAACGCUACCUCUCGGAGCAUGCUGGUGUCCUGGGUAGCACAGAAGGGAGAGUUCACUCAUUUCGUGGUGAUGCACAAGGAAUUCGGGGCCCAGAGUCUCCCUGUUAAGAGAGUCCUGUCUGGGGAGGCACGCUCUGCCCUCAUUGGGGGUCUCAAGCCCGCCACACGGUACACCCUGUCUGUGUUUGGGACGUCCCAUGGACAGAGGUCCAGGAUCGAGAGGCUCACAGCCCUCACAGCUCCACCCAAUGUAGAAAAUGCAUUGCCCACGAUUACACAGAUCGACCAGUCACAGGAAGAGGAGGAGGAGGAGGGAGAGGGGGAGGGGCCAAGGCCAGGCUUGGGUAACGGACGUGCUCCAGGCCCUGAUGUCCCACAAGAGAUCUCCUUCAGCAACAUCACUGACACCACUGUCGGGGUCACCUGGAGGCUCCCUUCAGCCCCAGUGGACAGCUUCAAGAUCACCUACACUCACUCACAGGAAGGGGAGCCCCACAGUGUUACUGUCGAGGGCAGGAAGUCGCGGGUCACACUGAGCAGACUGGUUCCGGGGUCACGGUACGAGGUCAGCGUGAUGUCUGUCAGGGGAAUGGACGAGAGCGAGCCAAUCACAGGAGUCGUCAUGACAGUGCCGGACGCUCCCACAGAUCUGCGUGCUGUCAAUGUGACAGACUCAAUGGCGCUGUUGCUAUGGAGACCGGCGCUGGCCACAGUGGACCGUUACAUCAUUGCAUACAACGCCCAAGGCGUCCCAGAGAUGACCGUGACGAGGUCUGGCAACGUAGCCGAACUGCAGCUGAAGGGGUUAAAGGUCAACACUCUGUACAGAGUGACAGUGACCAGUGAGCGGGAGGGAGUGACCAGCGCUCCGGCCAGCACCACGUUUACCACCACAGCCGUAGCGAGAGGGGAGGGGCCUCGUGACCUCACAGCCAGUCAGGUGACCCCUCGCUCUGCCACCCUGCAGUGGAGGCCCCCCCGGAGUGCAGUGACGGGGUACUUCCUGACAGUGCAGGGUGCGGCCGGGGAGAUCAUCAAGGAAGUGACCCUUGACCCCGGUGUGAGCAGUCACAGGCUGGACAGACUGGUCCCAGCAACGCGCUACACUGUGAGCGUGAUGGGAGUGAGGGGGGGUGAGAGGACUGCGGCCAUCACAACUGCAUUCACUACCGGUGUGCUUCGAUUCCCCCACCCUGUUGAUUGCUCUCAGGAGCUGCUGAACGGAAUGCGAGAGUCGGGAGAGACCACAGUGUACCUGGGGGGGAGCAGGGAGACACCACUACAGGUCUACUGUGACAUGGAGACUGAUGAGGGAGGCUGGACUGUUUUUCAAAGAAGGAUGAAUGGUAAAACCAAUUUCUAUCGGCGCUGGAAGGAGUACAAGGCUGGCUUUGGGAAUGUGAGCGAGGAGUUCUGGCUGGGCAAUGAGAACCUGCACAGCCUCACAACUCACAACCCCCAGAGCCUGAGAGUGGAUCUGAGGGCAGGGAACGAGACGGCACACGCUGUUUACAAGACCUUCAGAGUCGACUCUGAGAAGAAACACUACACCCUGCACAUCGCAGGCUACAGCGGAAACGCUGGUGACUCUCUCCGUUACCAUGACGACCGCCCGUUCUCAACCAAGGACCACGACCCCAAGCCCUUCUUCACCCGCUGUGCCAUCUCCUACAAGGGGGGCUGGUGGUACAAGAACUGCCACCGGGUCAACCUGAACGGGCUGUACGCAAACAACAAGGACCACCAGGGAGUGAACUGGUUUGACUGGAAAGGUUUGGAUUACUCCAUCCCCUUCAGUGAAAUGAAGAUGAGACCCGCCAACUUCCAGCCAGCGAGGAGGAGCGUGUAGUCACCACCCUGCCUCAGCCUCCCUCCCUCGCAAUAGAGACUAUCCUGCCUCAGCCUUCCUCCCUCGCAAUAGAGACCAUCCUAACAGAGCUUCCCUCUCUCGCAAUAGAGACUAUCCUGCCUCAGCCUCCCUUCCUCACAACAGAAACGAUGAAGCCCCUCUCAGCCAAUCAAAACGCCACAUUUCACAACAUUCCAGUAUUUUAAGUGUGCACAGUAGCCUAGCAACUGACAGCCAUUAAUUAAGCGUUCUUUACUUUCAGUUAAUAGUCCAGUUGACCCUGUCUUUCCCUAGGUAUAGCUGAACCAGGAAGUAGUCGUGUGACAGUAAAGGUCACGUUGUUAAAACCCUCCAGCUACACUUCGCCCAGACCGGCCAGCUCAGCUAUACCUGGGGAAGGCAGUGGAAAUGAGGCAAGACUUUCUUCUCAUUUGAUCUUGACGGGCCUCAUGAGAAGACACUCCUGUCUCGUUUCUAUGACACUGUGACACUGCAGUGCCAGUGCGUGUAUCACCCCGGUGGUCAUUCUUAUCGUUAUGUUAAGCAGCAGUUCCUGAAUACAGUCCCAGUCAUUUGUGAUUUUUAAUAAUUAAUGUGUGGCAUGUGGUGAUGUCUUAUUAUAACAGGAAUCAUUUCACACAGUUUGAGAAACUCAGCUUCAUUUUUUUUGUAAAGGGUACCCUCCCGGUAUAUUUCUAUUGUAAAAAAAAAAAGUAAUCUCCCCUAGGCAGCUGAAACAGAUUGGCAGGUGUGACAGCCACUGUUUACAGAGAUAAAGAGGUGAGGGAGUGGCUAAUACUGGAUGUGGGCGUGGUUUGCUGUUUUAAAUGUGUUUUAUAUACAGAGGGGCGGGGCUUCUAAUUGUACAGCACAGCACUUGUUCAAAAAGCUUACAUUUUGUAUUAUAUAAAUGUCUUUAUAUAUAAAUAUAUAUAUAUUAUAUAUAUAUAAGUAUUAAGUUGUGUUUUUUGUAAAUGCUGGUGUGUAUUUUAUUGUACACCUCUAUUGAUAAAUGCAGCAAAGCCUUAAAGACAUUGUAAAAUGAAUUGAGAAAUGUUUUGACCAGAAGUAUUUCCCAAUGUCUUCAAUUGAAGACAAUACAAAGUUACAUUUUUAUAGCGCGUUUCAUCUAGGCAUCACAGAACGCUUUACAAUAUAUAUAUAUAUAUAUAUAUAUAUAUAUGUAUAUA